CACACUGCAAAGAGAGUCGUACCUGCAGGCAUGCAUAUAAAUACGUGCGGACGAUCGAUAGCUAACAAUUAACAUUCAAUUGGUUUUCCAUUCAAAUUAUUUCAAAUGGAUUGUUUGCUCAAUGAAUAAUGUCGUCAAUUUCCUGUGUGGUAAAGUUGUAUUCUGCAGACUUUGAGAAUACCGAAAUUUAAACAUGACCUAAAAUGUUUAAUUGGCAAGUUUUAAAAUUGCUUAAGCGCGUAAUAAAAAUAUUAAACUUCACGCGAGCAUUUGCACUUCGAUGGGACGACUCCAAAAAUUCAUUGUUCCCAGUGAACUCAAAUCGGCGUCUGAUUUUCAUCCAGGCUUUAUUUAUCCAUCAAUUACUCUACGGUUUCUACAUUGGUUGGAAAUUUUAUGCAAUUUGGGUUAGCACAUUUGCCACAGUGAUGGACAGUUUUUGGUUCAUGUUUAUGAAUUUGGGAUACCUAUUUUGCGCUGAAGGACUAAUUCAAUCUGCUCUGAGACGAAACGAAUAUUCAGAACUAUUUCGACACCUCCUGCAUUUGGAUGGCAAAUUUAUCGGAUUAUGUGGAGGAAAGAGGAUAACACAUGAAACAAAAUCAAAGAUAGCGUUGUGGAUUUUACGAAUUAAUGUCGUUGGUACAUUUGUGUUCAUCAUCCUGCUAACUCUGGUCUUCAUAAAGCGUCCAACAUCGUUUUUCUACAUUUACGAUUUAUACCCAGAUCACGAAUCGUGGGCGAUCUUUUCAAUUUUUCUCGUAUUUGAAAUCUUGUCAAAAAGUAUUGGUGUUAUUGCGUUUAAUCUUAUGAGCACGUGGUUUCUGCUCUCUGUGGCCUUCCAGUUUAUGGCACUUGCUCAAUUAAGAAAGUCUACAGAUCAUGUUGGGAAAAGGAUAGCGUAUUACAAGUACCUCGCAAUAUUUAACAAAUGUCACAUGAACUGCUAUCUGCCCAUAACCCUGCCAUCAAGACUGACACUUUUUGGGCUACUUGUGGUAAUUUCGGCACACCUUCUACUUCGAUAUGGUCAUCGGUUGAUCCUUUUCGAGCGUUUUCUAGUAUUUCAACUACUUCUAUGGAGUAUCGUUACAGCUUUCUUGUGUAUCCUUGUAUCCGGCAAGAUUUAUAAAAGUAGUAGCAGGGCAUUGGUGAGGUUUCGUAGUUAUGAUAAGCAUACGAAAUAUACUAGAAAAAGUUUAAGGGCUUUGAGACCAUUUGGGGUGAAAGCAGGGCCUUCGAAAACACUGACUUAUGGAACUCUCAACGCUUAUUCGGUUGUUGUUCUUAAAGCUUUAACCACUAUCCUCGUAAGAUUUCCACCACGCUGACAGAUUUAUGCCAACAUCACAUGUCAUGAAAUAAUUUUUAUUAACAAAACAAUUGUACAUGUAGGACUGAAAUGGGUUUCAAACAUAAGUUACACAUUAAAGACCAAAUAUAGUAUUUAAGUGUGUACUAAAUAUCUAUCAAUCUAUGUAAAUAUUAACUAUUUAUAAUUGGAUUGACAGAAAAAUUAAUAAAAAUUGACCGAGA